AUGGCUUCGAAUGGAUUGCCCGUGCCCGCUCAGAACAGCAACUACAUGGAAAAUGGCCGCUGGUAUCAUGGCUUCCGGAGAGGCCUCUACAUGUACCCGUGCGACGAGCCCGAGAAGGACCGCAUGGACAUCUACCACCAAUUCUUCGCCGUCGCACGGAGAGGGCAGCUGCACCAGGCGCCGGUGCCGACGCAGCCAAAUGUGCAGCCCCGCAUCCUCGACGUAGGCUGUGGGACGGGCAUCUGGGCAAUUGACAUGGCCGACAAAUACCUAAACGCCGAGGUCCUAGGUUUAGAUCUCGUCAAUAUUCAGCCUGAGAAAAUCCCCCCGAACCUGCGAUUCCGAGUACCACGCGACUACGAGAGCCCAUGGACGUUGGGCGAGGACUCCUGGGACCUGAUCCACCUGCGCAUGGCGUGCGGCAGCGUGACGAGCUGGCCCGAACUCUACCAGAAGAUUUACUCACAUCUCAAGCCCGGCACCGGCUGGAUAGAGCACAUUGAAAUCGACAUGGAGCCGCGCUGCGACGACUACACGCUGCCCCCGGACAGCAUGCUCACCAAGUGGUACGGCUGGCUGGCUGACGCCACGCAACGAGUUUCGCGCCCAAUCGCCUAUGAACACCGCACCCGCCAGCUGCUGCAGGCCGCCGGCUUCAUCGACAUCCAGGAGACGGUUAUUCGCGUACCCUACAACACAUGGCCCAAUGACCCGCACCAGAAGGAUAUUGGGAGGUGGUACAACCUGGGCCUGACCGAGGGUCUGGAGGCGCUAACCUUUGCACCUCUCACAAGGGUCUAUCAGUGGGACCUCAACGCGCAUGUCAGGCCAGUGCUCGAGAGUGUUCGCAGGGAAAUCUGCAACCGCAAAAUCCAUGCGUACAACAAUAUCCACAUCUGGACUGCCCGCCGUCCCCAGCAGUAG